GCUACUAAGUCAGAAAACGAGCAAUUUUGCUCGUUUUCCAAUUUUACCGACAUUACGUGAAUGCCACAUCAAGUAGGAACCACACCAGUUACACUUUCCGGAACAGGGAGGAGCUCAUCGCUUUCAUUGUGGAUAUAUAUACACAGAUUUCUGCACUUUGGUUUGAUUAAACCUCAUUGUUGCUGAGCAGGAUGAUUGACGUCCGAGCAUGGGCGGAGUACGUGGUGGAGUGGGCUGCCAAAGACCCCUACGGUUUCCUCACUACUGUCAUACUGGCCCUCACCCCUCUCUUCAUUGCCAGUGCACUGCUGUCCUGGAAACUGGCCAAGAUGAUUGAGGCACGUGACCGUGAACAGAAGAAAAAGCAGAAACGUCAGGAAAACAUAGCCAAAGCCAAGAGGACCAAGAAAGACUGAGCCUGUGAGGGGCAGGAUGAGGGCAUAAAAAAGGACGAGCAGCCAUCACGCUCACAGCCCUCCUUAUUCCAAAUAAUGACACGGUGCCCUUCCUUGUCCCAGCCCUACUGUCAGCACAGGGCCACUAUGUCCAGGGUAGGAGGGGGGGACACUGGACCCACAGACUUAACAGUGCUGAGAUGGACAGUACUGCCCAGAGGAGGCUUGUCCCAGUGGGACUUUGGUCAGCAAGAGCGCAGUGGUCAUCUGUGUGAUGCUUUUAUACAGAGAGCUGCUGUUAUAUUGUGCAGCUGUUGCAACACCUUGCAUUCCAUUGUUAGCAUCCCUGUUCUGAAGAAUUGAUCAUGUAAUGAACAUAUUGGAACUUUUUUUAAACUCAGUCACUUUCAAGUUAUCCAAAUUAUUACUUUCUGGUCAAUAAAGUUUUCAUGGUUGAUAAGAAAACUUUCUCUUUAUGGAUUUAAUAUUGGAUUAUAAAAAUCUUAGAAAUGCUUUUAAUUUAAUGAACAAGCAAAUUAUUUACCUACUCCUGUUUUUUAACUACACAGACAACCUAUACAUUGCAUAAACAUAGCUGUGUGCAAUAGGAAUGCAAUAAGUGGAUUUAGCUUAAAUACUCUUGCAUCUGUAAGGUCCCACUAGUUUGGGACCAAAAGAAAAAAAAAUAAAAGAAAAACUGCCAUAUGGAGGAAAAAGAAAAACAAGUCAGGAGGGUAAAAGAACAUUUCCACUGCAUAGAGUAGCCCUUGCAGUACAUAAAGAUAAUUCAUAAAAGCAGAGAAAAUACAUAACAGCUGUGAAAGAUGAACCUAAUGCCUAGAGUGCCUUUAUUAAAUACUAACAUGAAGGAUUGUUUUGGCCGAGUUUUAAUUUAAUGCAAACAGCUUUGUGUUCUGCAUACUGUAUGUUCUUUAUUUAGGUAUAUUUGUAAAGAUCUGUGUUAAGUUUAAUAGUGUUUUUCCUGUUCAUCAGUAUAAAGAAUGAAUUACAUUCACUGUGACUCAGUGAUGUAAAAUAAAACAUUCAAAAGUC